AUGCCGAACCCCUUCGACCCAAAAACAGAUAAAUCCAGUGUAAACCCUCCGAAGGGUUACAAAUUACACCCCGACCAUGUUCACUUCCAAAAGUAUCUUCAGCCACAACACCCCAUUUGGAAGAAUGAGAAAUCACUUCGUUCUUUUCAAGCUGAGAUAGGGUUCUACCUCCAGCCCUGGUGGCAUGCAGAGCCGAAGUAUCUUCCUCAGCUUGCUGAAAAGCUAGGACUUCGGGAAGCUACCCCGAAACAAAUGAAGGAAGAGGGUAUUCGGGCGAUUACUAGAGGGUCACGAUGUUAUUCGGCGGAUGAGUCGGCCACAAAGCCAAACUGUCAUGUCCAGUUUUGUGUUUCGGCUUUCAAUUACACACAUCCCGAAGUGAAAUGUGUCAAUGUACCUGAUGGUCGACCAGUGUUUCUCAACCGUUGGGACGAAGGAAAGUUUCGUGUCUGUGUGCACUGUUAUAACUCCACAAAGCCCCCUCUCACCUGCUCCCUCAAGGGCAAGCCGACCAAUUUCCUUGUCGAAGAGUCCUCCGAAAGUGAAAAACGACCGAAAAAGUCAUCACAAGGUCAGGACAAGCCUGAGGACAGCUCGGAUUCUGAUUCGGACUCAUCGGACUCUGAACAUUCACCACAUCCCUCCCCUCCGAAACCUCGCCGGCCAGCCACCACAACACGCUCCACAAGAGCUUCGGCUCCCAAGAAAUCGGUUUCUCCCCCCCCUCCCGAAAAAGGAAAAGGAAAGGGAAAAGAAAAAGCUCCCCCUGCAGCUUCCACGGCGAUUGGGUUCUCAAAUGCGCCACUGCAGCAACCGGUAGGACCGAAGGACAAGCGUAGGACUGCUAGGGGAGGCACUGUCGCAGCUGGGGAUGCUGCAAAACCCGGUCCGAAAUGGGUUGUCAGACCUUCUCCGAAACCUCUCACCGAAGCGCCCACGUCUGCUAGAGAGCAACCUCGUUCGGAGGGAGAAACAGAACUGUCUUCUCCAGCUGGUCCUAUUCUUGUUCAAGAUUCCAGCUUGGGUCAAGAUGAUGGGGAAGAAGGACCUCAACCGGAACCAUCUACAGCCCGAAAUGAGAGGCCACGAUUCCCUCCCCGCCCUCCAAAAUUUGCCGAUGUUGUUCCCGAAAAGGAACCCUCCGAAACCGCCCCCCCCGUUUUCUCUGCAGGUUUGCCAGCUGGGGUUUCUCCGAUACUUGUCCGAAGUAGUCCUGUUCAUCCUCCUGUGAACAAGCGUGCCCUGGAGGAUGUAGAAGAGUCCCAGGCCGAACCGAAACGGGCUCGUCCGUUCUCCAUUGAACAAGGUCCUCCCCAGCCCGAAAUGGAUCUUACCUCCGAAAAGGUGCCCACAAUGUCCCCUGUUGGUCCUGUUCCUUCUCCUGCCGUAUCUGUUCGACAACAGGCCGUUCCCUCUGCUCUAGACCCAUUUAUAGCACAAACACAAUCGGUUUUGGGUGUUACAUUGCAAGAAUCACCAACAAUCCCUUCGCCUCACAAAGCUAAAAGUGUCACACCGGCCCCCUUCCCCAGCCCCUCCCCUGCUCCGAAAGCAGGCCCUCCUCCAAACCUUCAACCUGGGUCUUCUUCUCUCGUCUCUGGCCCUCCCCAAAUCUCCCCACUACCUACCUCACUGCAUACGUUUGCAGAGGUAAAGCAGUGGCUACAGCAGAAGCGCCUGGGUCGAUCAGGUGUGCAGAGUCUUCCUGGUCCAAACCCAUCAACCAAUGUUCCGAAACCCACGAUGGCUCCGAAGCCCAUAGUUCCUCCACUCUUUGCUUCCCAAUCGGCUCCCCCUCAGACUCCACCUCCCACUUCUCUCAUUCGUUCUCAUUCAGAAUUCGUUGGCUCUGGUCCCACAGCUUUGCCAGGUCAGAUACCCUCCAUUCCUGUCACUUCGGUCAAUGUGGUCAGUAAACUCCCUCAAAUGAACCCACCACUCCAGCCCGAAUUUCGGACCCAAAGGCCCACUGUCCCUUCCUUGGACCAGCCUGCACCCGAAAAGGUUGUCCCUUACAUCCCGGCUCCACCGUCUACCAUGCCCGAAGUUGAACAGUGUCUGCAUCGUAUGAGUGAGUUUCAAGAGACUCAGCUCAGUUUGAGGAGCAAUUCUCUUCCCGAAUGGUUGCUCAAGUUUCCGAAAUGA